GGAUUUCCUAUUCCCAAACCUGACCUGAUCGCCCGGCUGGAAGCAGGAGAAGAGCCGUGGGUCCCGGAUCUCCAGGCCUCCAAGGAAAUAAAGAUCUCAAGAGGUAACCACGCAGCCCAGGAAAUUACUCCUGCCUGAAUUCUCUCUCCCCUCCAGCAGGUGAUGAGACAAUGAGUGAGAACAAGGAGGGGAAUCCACAACAGGAAUGUUCUGAGCAAGUGGAACUGCAAGGGAGCAUAUUGAGAAGAGCGGAUGGGAAUUUUUUCCAAUGCUUCAAAGAGAGAAAAGCCUGGAGUAACUGGCACAGGUCAGAAAGGAAGCUGGGAAAUUGCCAAAGAAAGCAAGUAGAUGAAUCCAUUGAAAGUGGUAGAGAAGGCAAGGAUUCCAAGGAAACCACAGCCCAGCUGACAAAUCACAAAGGAAAGAAACCCUGUAAAUGCUUGGACUGUGGUAAAAGCUUCAGUGGGAGCUCAAAUCUUAUUAACCAUGGGAGACUGCAUACGAGAGAGAGACCCUAUAAAUGCCUUGAGUGUGGGAACAGCUUCAGUAAUGUCUCAGGACUUUUUUGCCAUAGCAGAAUCCACACAGGAGAGAGACCAUAUAAAUGCCUUCAGUGUGGGAAGAGUUUCACUGUAUCAUCAGUCCUUAUUAUUCAUCAGAGAACCCACACAGGAGAGAAACCCUAUAAAUGUCUUGAGUGUGGGAAAAGUUUCCGUGCACGAUCAGCCCUUAUUGUACAUCAGAGAACCCACACAGGAGAGAAACCCUAUAAAUGCUUGGACUGUGGGAAAAGUUUCCGUCAGAGCUCACAUCUUAUUAGCCAUGCAAGAAUCCACAUGAGAGAGAGACCAUAUAAAUGUCUUGAGUGUGGGAAAAGUUUUAUUGCAGCAUCAGCCCUUAUUACACAUCAGAGAACCCACACGGGAGAGAAACCCUAUAAAUGCUUGGAGUGUGGUGCAAGCUUCAGUCGGAGCUCAAAUCUUAUUACCCAUCGGAGACUACACACGGGAGAGAGACCCUAUAAAUGCCUUGAGUGUGGGAAAAGUUUCAGUGCACCAUCAGCCCUUAUUGUACAUCAGAGAACCCACACAGGAGAGAAACCCUAUAAAUGCUUGGACUGUGGGAAAAGUUUUAGUCAGAGCUCACAUCUUAUUAGCCAUGGAAGAAUCCACAUGGGAGAGAGGCCAUAUAAAUGCCUUGAGUGUGGGAAAAGUUUUAUUGCAGCAUCAGCCCUUAUUACACAUCAGAGAACCCACACAGGAGAGAGACCCUAUAAAUGCUUGGAUUGUGGUAAAAGCUUCAGUUGGAGCUCAAAUCUUAUUGCCCAUGAGAGACUGCACACGGGAGAGAGACCCUAUAUAUGUUUGGAUUGUGGGAAAAGCUUCAGUCAGCACGCAAGCCAUAUUAAGCAUGGGAGAAUCCACAAGGGGAAGAAACUGUGAAAAUGCCUCCACUGUGAGAAAAGUUUCAGUCAGAAUUCACACCAUAGUAGACAUCUGACAAUUCAGACAACAGAGAAACCCCAUAAAUGCUUGGAUGAUUGGAAAAGCUUCAAUCCAACGUCAUACCUUUCUAAACAUUGGAGAAUUCACAUGAAACAGAAUCUAUAAAUGCCUCAGCUGUGGAAAAAGUUCAAUUCAAAGAUCAAACCACACUUCACACCUGACAAUCUACACAGGACAGAGAACCCAUAAAAACUUGGAUUAUGGGAAAAGCUUCGGUAACUUCAGGAAAAGAUUCAAUCUGAGCUCACACAUUAGUCCCCAUUGGAUAAUGCACAGAAGAAAGAGCUUGAAUGUGUGGGUACCUUCAUUUGGUGCUCACAUGGCAUGCAUCAUCAGCAAAUCUACAAAAGGAAGAGGCCUUUCAGAGGUCCUUAGCAUGGAAAAUGCUUCUGUGUGUCCAUUGUGGUGUUAGCUCCAACUGGAGAGAAAUUCCUCAGUGCCAUGACUAGGGCUGGCCAUAAUAAAAACUCCAUUUCCUAAUUUUCCUGCACAGCAGUGGCAUUUGCCUCCCAGUUAUCCAGCUGCCCAUGUCUGGGGGCAGGUUCCAGCAGCAACUGAUCCUGAGCUGAUUAGGGAAACUCUAGCUUUGCCUGGUCUAAGCAAAGCCCAGGAAGAGGAGGAGAAGUCCCGAUCAGUCCCUCCUCCCUGCUGCAGCCCUGGCUGCUGAACUGAUGGGCCUUCCUGCCUCCUGCUAACCUGCUGGGGGAGAGGAGAGAGAAAUUCCUCCAGAAGCUCCCUCUGCCUGGAUGAAGUUCCACCCUUCCCUUCCCUUCCCUUCCCUGGCAUGAUUCCUCUCCCAUGGAGACUAGGAGAGGGAUACUUGGGCCAGGCCCCACAUUCACUCUGGACAACUGUCCCCACCCCUCAUCUUCCAGUAAUAUUCCUGGGCUGGGCUCCCCCACUUACCUGGAGCUGGUCCCUGCAGGGUGAGUGUCCCUGGGGCUGGCAAUACUUGCCCUCUCUAAAUCCCCUAAGGUGCUGGGUUCCGGGGGAUCAAAUAUGAAGGGACCAGGAGGGAUGGGUUUUGGGGAGAAAACUGGGGGAUUGAAUGAUUGGGUCUGGUGAAUGUGGAAAGCAGAGGGUGCUGAGUGCAGGGGAAAUAAAAUGUUAGGGAUCAUGGGGUAAGAGAGGAGGGUAUGGGAAAGAGAGGUGCUUCCUCUUAUCAGUCACAUCCUCGGCCCCUUUUCCCUGCCUUCUCUGCGUUCAGAAAGCACCAAUGAGAGGGACUGAUAUCCAUAAUCUCUUUUGUGAGAGGUGUAAAGGCCUCGGGAUCCCACCUCUGCCUCCACAGCAUCAGCCUCCAAGAGUCUGUCUGGGGUGGGAAAAGUGGUUGGGAUUAGCUAGCAAAUCUCCCCUGACCCUCCUCCACUUUUCCUAAUCUAGACUGACCCCAACUUUCUUGUAUAUACUGAUUUCACCCUUCUCCCUCCCC